UGAAAAAGGGCCAGAAUCCGAUUCAGACACGCAGUCCCUCAAAAAUCAAAUUGAUUGAGUCUGAUUCCAUCUCCGAUUAUUAUAAGCAGAAGACGACUGCAGUGAGAAAGAUACGGAGACAUGGGUAGAGGGAAGUUCAAGGGCAAGCCGACUGGCCGCCGCCAGUUUUCCACCCCCGAAGAGAUGAUUGCUGGUAGCUCUGCUCGUCCUCGCACUUUCAGAAAGGAAGUAGCUGAUAUUGUGGAGGAUGAGGCGUCUGAUGUAGAGUCGGAAGAGGAAUCUGAUAGUGAACCUGAAAAAGUGAAAGGUGCCGAGGGGGUCAUUCAGAUUGAGAAUCCCAACAUGGUGAAGCCAAAGAACAUGAAAGCACGCGAUGCUGAUUUGGAGAAAACAACAGAGCUUUCAAGGCGUGAAAGGGAGGAGAUUGAGAAACAGAAAGCUCACGAAAGAUAUAUGAAGCUGCAAGAACAAGGGAAGACUGAUCAAGCAAAGAAGGAUUUGGAACGUUUGGCCCUUAUACGACAGCAAAGAGCAGAUGCUGCUAAGAAACGCGAAGAGGAGAAAGCUGCCAAAGAACAAAAGAAGGUUGAAGGACGCAAAUAAUUUUGCUGCUGCAUUCGUAAUUCGUAAAUGAUAUGAUUCAAGUACUAGUUUGGUAUAUGAAAACAGUCAAACUUUGAUUGAAGCAGUAUUUAUUCUGCUGUUUCUCUUUUGUUAAAUUCACUCACAUCAUCUGCAAAGUACACUUUAUUUAUAAUAUUCCCUAGUGACAAUUUCAGUUCA